AUGACCGGCGACGAGAAGCACUGGGAAUCUGAGGCACUCUCUCUCAGGAGAGUCGCCUUCUUUGGCGUGGCCCUUUCCACCGUGGCCACCCUCGUCUGUGUGAUCUCGGUCCCCAUGCUCUACAACUACAUGCAGCACAUGCAGUCGGUCAUGCAGAACGAGGUCGACUUCUGCAAAUCCCGCUCUGGAAAUAUCUGGAGAGAAGUCACCCGUACUCAGGUCCUCGCUGGUUCCACAAGGAAAGCCCGUCAGGCUGGUGGUGGAUGCUGCGGAUGUGGAGUUUCUCCUGCUGGACCACCCGGACCACCUGGACAAGAUGGACAACCUGGAUCAGAUGGUCAGCCUGGCCAGCCUGGUAGAGAUGGACCCGAUGGACCACCAGCAACACCACCUCCCAACCCUCCCGCUCCAUGCUUCAACUGCCCUGCUGGUCCUCCAGGACCAGCUGGAAACCCAGGAGGCAAGGGACCCCCAGGACCACCAGGACCACCUGGAAACGCCGGCCAGCCUGGAAACCCUGGUUCUCCAGGAGCCUCCAGGACAACUCACCACAGUUCCCGGCUCACAAGGACCACCUGGACCAGCUGGACCUCCAGGACCUCCUGGACCCGACGGUCAGCCAGGAGCACCCGGAAACCCAGGACAAAAUGGUGGACCAGGACAGCCAGGAGAUAA